UUCUUGUGAGCCGUGUAAAGCAUUUUUUAGAAGAAACGCGUUGAAAAACACUUUUGAAUGUAACUAUGAAGGAAUGUGUUCGAUUAACAUAUUAACUAGGAAGUUUUGUCAAAAGUGUCGGCUCACCAAGUGCUUGGCAAUCGGUAUGAACGAGGAAUACAUAUUGAAUGACGAGGAGAGACACAUCCGGCGCAUGAAAGUAGAGGCCAAACGUAUGGCAUUGAAGGUUAGUGGCGGACAAACCAUAGCCACACCGCCGACACCCCAUCCCUCGUCGUCGUCGGACACCAAUAGCGAAACAACUAAUAAUACUGACGACAUGUUUGCCACGAAUUCAAAUAUUGAUGCAAACAAAGAGUUAGACUUAGACUAUGCGGUAGACUCUGGCGGGCAAUUGAUCCCAAUCGGUGAUCAGCAACUAACGAAGAUCGGGAAUAGCAAUAAGAAUACGGAUAACUCGCUUGUCAUUCAUAACAAUGACAUAUUGGAUGCGGUGUACCACAGGUCGGCACAGUUUGAGCUGUCUGUCAUACCUAUCGUCAGACCACUGGCGGCAAACAGUAACCGCCUAAACGAUUCCGAGUGCAAAGUACUCGGGCAGUGGUUAAGCGCCGCACAAUUGUUUGCCAUCAAUAUAUCGUCGGACACCGAGACGGCCACACUUACUGACCCGCUGUUUGGUGUGAAAAUGUUUGGCCAUAUAUUUGAAACACAGGUCCGCAGUAUUUCCGCUGUUGUGAAAGACUUGCAGUCAUAUCAAUGGUUGUGCGAAACCGAUCGCAUCGCUCUCCUCAAGAAUAGCUCGUUUGAAAUCAUGAAUUUGCGGUCAAUUAUUAACUACAACCCCGCGAAUGACUAUUUCACUUUACCAACGACAUACGAUUAUGACACUUAUUACACCUAUUCCUACAAUGGCUUCUGGUAUUGGGCGUGGAUUUUCAUAAUCGUCCCGAUUAUUGUCUGCACUUGUAUUGGGAUAUGUGUGCGAAGACGUCGAGAGUUGGCCCGACGAUCGCACCCGCAGUUUAUCAUAACUCAACCCCAGUAUAUGACGGCCAACGGUCCACCCCUUUACGAUCCGCCGCCCAAUUACUUCAUGACUACCGCUAAUGGUGUCCAACAACAGCCCAAGUGCGUUCUGAGUAGUCUUAUUAUCGCAUCAAUAGCAUGUGUUGAGCCGAAAGUGACGCCGACAAGACUCGGAGACGACCAUAAGGUGCAGGACUACUGUUCCCUCACCACCACCUGCGAGGACAACCUAACCGUGUGUAUCGACCACUCCUGUUAUUGCGGACCCAAUUACUACUAUAGCGAUGCCGACGACGAGUGUCUGUAUUACGAUUGUUUAAAGAGUGACCGAAGUGUCUGUCCGUCUUUCCACGACAUCUCCCGACAGUGUGUUAGCGGUCAGUGUGUUUGCGACGACGAGACUGAGCCCGAUGUUAAAAAUGGGGGCAAAUGUUGGCCGAAAAGGUCCGGUUCGGGCUAUGGUGGCGAUGGUAUCAGUGUCUGGGCCUGGGUUUGGGUCGUUAUUAUAAUACCCACUAUUAUUGGUGUGAGUCUUGUUUGGUAUGUGAGACUCAGACGUCGGGCCAAACAAAAGGCCAAUAAGUCAACUGCGCUCACAGUUUCAAAACAUUAA